AUGGGAAAUGCUACAAAGGUUUCAUAUUUCCUACUAAGUGCCUACUCAGACACUGGCGUUUUCAAAUACUUAUAUUUUACUAUUAUUAUGUCUUUAUAUAUUUUCAUAGUCUGUGCCAAUGUUCUGCUGAUUGUGGUCAUCUGUCUGAGCAGAAGCUUACAUGAACCCAUGUACCUGUUUCUGUGCAGCCUGUUUGUAAAUGAACUGUAUGGUAGCACAGGGUUGUUUCCAUUCCUGCUGGUUCAGAUCCUCUCUGACAUUCACACUGUUUCUGUGCCGUUUUGUUUCCUGCAGAUUUAUUGUGUUUAUACAUAUGUGUGUGUAGAAUUUUUAAACUUAGCAGCCAUGUCUUAUGACAGAUACCUGGCCAUCUGUCAUCCUCUACAAUAUAACACAUGUAUGACCUCUAACAAGGUCGCCAUGCUUAUUGCUGUGACAUGGAUUUUCCCUUUUCUUGCCAUUGUAGUUUUGUUAUCAUUGAGUUUGCCAUUACAGCUGUGUGGGAACAUCAUUAACAGAGUUUACUGUGGAAAUUAUUCCAUUGUUAAACUGGCCUGCUCUGACACCAGAGUCAAUAACAUCUAUGGCCUCAUUUACACAGUCAUCUCAAUCAUCAUUCCUCUCAUUUUAAUCCUUUUCUCUUACAUGAAGAUUCUCAAAGUGUGUUUUUCUGGCUCUAAACAGACCAGACAGAAAGCUGUCAGUACCUGCACACCUCACCUCGCUUCUCUGCUCAACUUUUCUUUUGGCUGUUGUUUUCAAAUCUUACAAAGCAGAUGUGAUACAAGCAGUGUACCCAAUAUGCUGAAUAUUUUAUUAUCAUUAUACUUUCUAACUUGCCAGCCAUUCUUUACACCUGUACUGUACGGGCUGAAAAUGUCCAAAAUCUGCGUCAUGUGUAAACGUCUGCUGUGCGGUGAAGUGUAG